GGUCACACUUGCAGUUUUGAUGAGCAACAACCACCGCCUUGCGAUGAGCCUGGACAUGUCCGAGAUAAUCGAAUUCGUGCUGCCGGCCAAUAGCGAUUAUUCGGACGAUGACAACGGUGGAACCGUUCGCCUGAUGGACGCCAGCGAGGAUGCCACCUACGUGGUUCUGGACAACCUGGGCAACGAAUACGAUGAGGAGUUUCUGAUCGUCAACGAGGACGGCGUGGAGGGCGAGCUGCUGGUGGACGAGGAGCUGCAGGGUCUUCUGGUGAGCUCCCGGUUGAAGGAAUCGCCGCUGGACGAACAGGGGCCGCAGUAUGUUGUCACGGAACUGCAGCUCGAGGAAAUGGGAGAGCUGGUGGAGGAGGAACAGGAGCUGGACUAUGGCGACUACGAGCACGAACUCAACUACAGUCACCCGCACGCUUCCGAAAGGGAGGAAGAGGAUCUGGAUAUGGAUCCACCGUCGUCACCCUCCCUGCCACCAUCGCCGCCACAGCCGCCGAAGCCUGCUGUCCAGCCCGCCAGCAAAGCGAGAUCUUCAUCUGCCCUCCAGAUCGCCAUACGCAGCUUUGCCGGCCAAAAUACGGACGACGAUGGCAGCGUCAAGGAUGUGAAGCCAAGCGAAAAGAUGCUGGAGGAGUUCAAGGGACCGCGACGCUACCUGCUUUUCGACGACCUGAUAGCAACCAUUGUGGACUUUGACGAGGACAGCACACCCAUUGUGGAGUUCUCCAUGAUCAGUGACAUGCUGGACGAAAAGCUGCCGGUGGAGUGUGGCAUUUGUCCAGAUGUCAUGCACAAAACGAAGCUGUCCAAGCACCAGAAGACUCAUCUGGUGCCCGGCACCAAUCGCUAUGCCUGCAUCUACUGCACGGAGACGUAUCGCGACUGCAAAUACCUGGCCGGACAUGCGCGGCGCCACAUGGGCAUCCGACCGUACGUCUGCGAACUGUGCACCCUAUACUUCUCCACCAAGCAGGAUCUACGCGUGCACAAUCAGCGCCGGCAUCUGGAGAAGGAGCACAUAUGCGAAAUGUGCGGCAAGACAUUCGCCCAGAAUACCCAGCUGAAGCGGCAUCGCGAGGCGACGCACGAGAAGAAGCGGCGAUUCCAGUGCCAGUACUGCCAGAAGGCCUACUACAAGAAUUUCUCUCUGCAGGAGCACAUUCGCAAUGUUCACAUGGGCAAGCGAAGGAUGCUCAAGUGUCCGUUCUGUGGCAUGCAGUGUCGCGAUGCCCACAAAAUGGCCCGUCAUCGUAAGGAAAUGCACCUGAGUCAGGGCACGUAUGUGUGCCAUUUGUGCCAAGAGGAGUUCACCGACAUCAACUAUUUCGAUGCCCACAAGCGAUCGAUUCAGUGCCGUAGCAAUACUCGUCGCUUUGUGAAUGGUGAUGAGAAUCAAGGUGGAUCCGGUUCGGGUUCCAUUUCGGGUCGCAUUAUGGACGGCCAGGACGACGAGGAGGACGGUAUGGGCCUGCUGGAGGAGGAGUACGACGAGGACGACGGCCUGCUGGUGGAGGAUGGUCACGCGGAGGAGCAGGGCUCGUCGUCCAAUCGGCAUUAUUUGACCGAGGGCAAGCCGCAAUAUGUGCAAAUGUCGGAUUACGAUGACCAGCGCCUGCUGGUGGAGAACGUGGUGGGCGAGGACAUCGACGAGGAUGUAGAGGAGGAGGAGCUGCUUACCGAGGAGCAAUACUUUAACGCUGUCCAACAGCAUCACCAGCAGCAGCAGAACCAACAUCAUGGCCAUGGGCAGGACUACAACGACGAGCUGAUAUAUGAAAUCACCUUGAAGACUGAGGAUAAUUGAGUGCCGCAAACCCCGCGCAAAUAUUGUAAAUAGUUCCAAAGUAAACACUAUCAUGUAAAGAA